AUGCCUCCCCCGAGCUCUUCUUCGCGUCGCCGCGUCGCCCCCGCCGCAACUUGGAAUAUCCUACUUUUUCUGAUCGCCUUGCGCCUUGUCAAUGCGUUCACAGUUCGAACAUUCUUCCAACCAGACGAAUUCUUUCAGUCACUCGAGCCGGCUUGGCAAAUUGCCUUUGGGAAAGACCAGGGGGCCUGGCUUACGUGGGAAUGGCGACAUCAGUUGCGAUCCUCACUGCAUCCUCUUCUUUUCGCUGCGAUCUACAAAUUAAUUGAUGUCUUCGCGUCCCUACUUCGCCUUUCUCCCUCAAUUCGCGCGGAAUUCUUGAUCGCCGCCCCGAAAACCGUCCAGGCUGUCAUAUCGGCAACUAGUGACUAUUAUACAUGGAAGCUCGCCAAUCGGGUUUAUGGAGAAGAUUCUCGUGCAUACGCAAGUGCUUAUCCCUCGCAGCAGUUGCCUGCAUUCUUCGUCCAACAAAUAUCAUCAUCUGGGCAACCUUGGCCGCGGUCGUUUGGCUUCAAUGCUGCUGGACUCGACGCAUGGUCUUUACUCGUUAUUUUGGCUGUCUCUGUUACUGCAGACCGCCUAUUCUAUGGAUUCUGGACUUUCCCCCCACUGCGCUUUCUCUACUUCAACAUCGCACAAUCACUGGCGAUAUUCUAUGGCCGUAAUGAUUGGCACUAUUAUGCCUCGCAGGGAUAUCCGCUUUUGCUCACCACGCUGAUUCCCUUUGCUCUUUCUGGACUAUAUUUCACAUUGACGACUCGAGUCUCUUCCGCUUCUGACAAGCUUCAGACCGCAAUACGUGUACAGCUGGCGACUAUCUCCCUGCUGAUGCCGUUGGUCUUGUCUUUGAUCUCUCACAAAGAAGUCCGUUUUAUUUAUCCAAUACUACCAGCACUACACAUCUUAGCUGCACCCCGCCUGGUGCAAACAUUCUGGCCAGCCCUGACAUCCAGAUCAAAUACCUAUACUCCCAAAAGACUGGCGUUUAUCUGUUUAAUACUGACUAAUGUAUUUAUUGCCGUAUAUACAUCGUUCCUCCACGCAUCAGGACCUUCUAAGGUCCUCGCCUACCUCCGUAGGCAAUACGAGACCCAUUCAUCAGUGAAUCGGAAUGGGGAACAUACAGCAGAUCCCAAUUCUUUCUUAGGCGAGACUGGAAUCACAGCUGGAUUUUUAAUGCCUUGCCACAGCACUCCCUGGCGCUCCCACAUGGUAUAUCCAUCUCUUAAUGCAUGGGCGCUCUCUUGCGAGCCACCAAUCGAUAUGGAUGAGGAACAGAAGGCAGUCUAUCGCGAUGAGGCCGACCAGUUUUACGACAACCCGAGUCAAUUUCUGCGCCAAAAUAUGGCUGGUGGGCUACGACAUCUACCUCGUCGGCCAAGUUAUUUGACAGAGUCCCAAUCGCUGUCUCCUUCCAACCCGCCACUUCACGAGUGGCCUGAUUACCUCGUCUUCUUUGCUCAACUCGAACCGACAAUGCAAAGCCUUCUUCGCGGCUCUUCAUAUGGUGAAUGCUGGCGAACGUGGAACACGCAUUGGCACGAUGACUGGCGCCGGCAUGGUGACAUCGUUGUCUGGUGCUUAGAUCCGGUAGAACAAGAUUCAUGGCGAUUGGAGCGCUCAGAGACCCGACGUCGUGAACAUCACAACCAGGAUCACCAAUUUGAUCGCGUUUUAAACGCGAUCAAAGCAGAGGCGAGCCGCCAACAGAAGAAGCAGGGAUGGAUCUCAAAUCUUUCAAAAUCUUUCUCGUGGCCCUCAUCGUCUUCAUGGUUGCCAUUCCAAACCUCAAAACGCUCGUAUCCCUGGCCUUUCUCGACAAAAUCUUCAAGCCGAUGGCCUUGGACCGAACCCUUUUGGAUUGAUACGGCAUUAGCUAAGUUUGGGUGGAAGACCUCUCGCUGGCAAGAUUGGACUUCUCGCUGGCAAGACUGGAUGUUAUCUUGGCCAGAAUGGCUGGGUGGAUCAGUACAGAAGAGAAUCGGUAAAAAGGAGCGCGAUUUGUGGCAAUGA